UUUGGUAAUAGUAACUAUGGAAAUCCCAACGCAAUAGACUAUCAGCUUCCGUUUUUUUAUUACUUUUAUUCAUUUAAAUUAUAGCAGUAACUUGUAGUGUUAAGCUUCUUAAACGGCCUAAAAUGACAUUAUAGUUCGUUUUAACAUCUGAAAGUGGAGAUGAAGCCUUAUACCGGCGUCGUUAGACCUAAACUGAUGUCACUGCCAACCGAAGCUCCUCUGAUAAUACACAACAUUACAGACGCGCGACACAGUUAUCCUUCAAACUCGCUGUUAUACAGUCUAUGUUCAAACUACAUCUCCAUUCCUCCAGUGUCUGGAUGCUCCACGGCUGCUCAAUCUGCUCAAUCCACACUGAAUGUCUUCUCAGCUAAACAGAAGUACCCAUGCAGUCCGAGCGUUGUAGAUUCAAUGGAUCUAAAGCCUCACAGUGUCAGCUCUAUUACUGAAGGGCCUCUGCUUCCAUUGGUAGCUAAAAAUCGCUCAGUAGUCACCAGCCUUUCCUCACGAAACCAUGUGUCUGAUAUUUCUGACCGUCAUUUCUUAUUUGAUAAACGAUGGAGAAAUGGAACUUACACCACUAAUGGUAUUGAAGAUGAUGUUCUGAUGAACCACAACCCUACAAAUCCACUCUUCCAGGAGUUCCAUGUUUAUCGCUCUCAUAAUUUAACCAGAUUUGCGCACCGAAAAGAACUCUGCCCGCGCGACCCAAAGCCACUUCUUUGUGGGUCUGAUUAUCUGACCUCAUUUCCAUCAGUUCUGUUACCAGCCACUACCCCAUCUAUCAGUGGACGACUCUGUUUAUCACAAAAAUAUAAAAACGGAUUAAGGAUGAAAAACAGAGCGCAUAAUCUCUUCUCUGAUGGUGCUGACAACAAAACCUGUGGGCCGGUGAUUGUUUUUCAGGCCAGUCGUACCCUGAUCCACAUCUGGGUGCCUCGGGAUCUUUUGUUCAGAGGCUCACUGAGAUUUCUUCUCUGGAAGCAGAGACAGUCCGGCAGGAGAGGAUGAAGAGACUCAAAAAGAUCAAUAGACAGGACUCUUAAUCAGAGUUCAUUAGCCAAAGAGGAAACACACUUGACUCCUGAAAUCACAACUGUGCCAAGAUGGAGUAAAUAAAGUCCAGGAGAAAAACUUGAGAGGUACAUAGUGUUGUACUGUUGUAGUGCAGCCACUAUAUUAUAACUAAAAUAAAAUGAAAGCGAUGGCUCUA